AAAAAAUAUACUUAAAAAUAAAAAAAACCACAGACACACAGACCAGUGUCUCCAGUGCCCAGCUGUGUGUCUAUGAAGAGUGACCGGUCCAUGGAUCCUCUUGCUAAUUUCAGCAGUGGACCACCACCAUCUGAUCCAAGACCACAGACACACAGACCAGUGUCUCCAGUGCCCAGCUUUGUGUCUAUGAAGAGUGACCGGUCCAUGGAUCCUCUUGCCAAUUUCAGCAGUGGACCACCACCAUCUGAUCCGAGACCACAGACACACAGACCAGUGUCUCCAGUGCCCAGCUGUGUGUCUAUGAAAAGUGACCGGUCCAUGGAUCCUCUUGCUAAUUUCAGCAGUGGACCACCACCAUCUGAUCCAAGACCACAGACACACAGACCAGUGUCUCCAGUGCCCAGCUGUGUAUCUAUGAAGAGUGACCGGUCCAUGGAUCCCCUUGCCAAUUUCAGCAGUGGACCACCACCAUCUGAUCCAAGACCACAGACACACAGACCUGUGUCUCCAGUGCCCAGCUGUUUGUCUAUGAAGAGUGACCGGUCCAUGGAACCUCUUGCUAAUUUCAGCAGUGGACCACCAUCUGAUCCAAGUGGGAGUAACAUCCUGACCCAGGAUCAGUCCAGGUGUGGAGUGUGUGAGCAGCUACUGAGGGACCCAGUCAUCACCAGCUGUGGACACAGUUUCUGCAGGCAGUGCAUCAGCAGCUACUGGAGCCAGUCUGGUCCAUCAGGAGACUACAACUGUCCCCAGUGCAGAAAGAGACCCAGAACACAACCCUUUACAAACCCUGACACAACUAUGCCACAACUACUUGUAUAUCCACAUACAACCAUGCCACAACCUCACCUACACCCACCUACAACCAUGAUACAACCUCACCUAUACCAACCUACAGCCAUGGCACAACCUCACCUAUACCCACCGACAGCCAUGGCACGACCUCACUUAUACCCACCUGCAGCCAUGGCACAACCUUCGCCAUACCAACACAGUGAAAUGGCACUUCAUCUGAACUCUAACAUGGCACAAGUUCCUCCAUACCCACACACAGACAUGGGACAGCGUCCUCAGUACUCAAACUCAGCCAUGGGGCAGCAUAAUCAUCCACACAUCCAGCACCCUCUUUAUCCACACAUCCAGACAGCACAGAUCUCUUCACAGCCUCGUUUAGAUGAACACACAGUUAUGAGAGGCAGCACCCAUCUGCAUGCUCCAGUCAAAAGGGCCAAACUAACAGACAACCAUGUCCUGAACAGAGUACUGAUGACCCAUAAAGCCAGUAUGAAAAGGAGGUUUGAGAGCAUAUGUGAAGGCAUCAUAAGAUCAGGGACUCAAACACUCCUGAACAAGAUCUACACAGAGCUCUACAUCACAGAGGGAGAGAGUGAAGGGGUGAAUAAUGAGCAUGAGGUUUGGCAGGUGGAGUCAGCAUCCAGACCACAAACUACAGAUGACAUAGCAAUCAAGUGUAAUGAUAUCUUCAAGCCCUUACCUGGACAGGAGAGACACCUCAGAACUGUCAUGACCAAGGGGAUUGCUGGCAUUGGAAAAACUGUCUCAGUGCAGAAGUUCAUCCUUGACUGGGCAGAGGACGGAGCUAACCAGGAUGUGGAUUUCAUGUUUGUGCUUCCGUUCCGUGAGCUGAAUUUGGUCCAACAUGAUCAGUACAGUCUUCACAGGCUCCUGCUUGACUUCCACCCUGAGCUUAGAGAGCUACAAGAGGAUGAAUACAAAGAUUGCCACAUUGUGUUCAUAUUUGAUGGUCUGGAUGAGAGUAGACUUCCACUGAAGUUCCAAGAGAACCAGAAGUUGUCUGAUGUGACACAAACAUCGUCAGUGGAUGUGCUGAUGACGAGCCUCAUUCAGGGAACUCUGCUUCCCUCUGCUCUCCUCUGGAUAACCUCCCGACCAGCAGCAACCAGUCAGGUCCCUUCUCAGUGCAUCAGUCAGGUAACGGAAGUACGAGGGUUCAAUGACCCACAAAAGGAGGAGUACUUCAGGAAGAGAGUCAGUGACCAGAAUCAAGCCAACAGAAUUAUCUCACACAUUACAGCAACCAGGAGCCUUCACAUCAUGUGCCACAUGCCAGUCUUCUGUUGGAUCUCAGCCACUGUCCUUCAGAAAAUACUGGAACAGGAUGAUGGGAAGGAAGCUCCCAAAACUCUGACUGAGAUGUUCAUACACUUCCUGCUCAUCCAGACCACCAGGAGGAACCAGAAGUAUCAAGAGGAAAGUGAGACAGAUAGACAGAGGCUCCUAGAAUCACAUAAGGGUGUGAUAUUGAAACUAGCAGAGCUGGCUUUCAAGAAUCUGGAGAAUGGCAAUCUCAUGUUCUAUGAGGAAGACCUGAGAGAGUGUGGCAUUGAUGUCAGCCAAGCUUCAGUGUACUCUGGCAUGUGCACUGAGAUCUUCAGGGAGGAGUGUGUGUUUCACCACAAGAAGGUGUACUGCUUUGUCCAUCUGAGCAUCCAGGAGUUUCUUGCUGCACUUCAUUUGUUUGCCUCCUUCUUGAAUAAGGACAUGAAGGUCCUGGAGCCAUUUCUUAGCAGAAAGUCCAGGUCUUUGCCAGAUGUGCCUCUCGAUGAGCUGCUGAAGAAUGCUGUGAACCAGGCCUUGGAAAGCAAGAAUGGACACCUUGAUUUGUUUGUCCGCUUCCUUCAUGGCAUUUCUCUGGUAUCAAAUCAGAGACUUUUGCUUGGCGUCCUGACACACACACACAGCAACCCAGAGAGUGUGAAGAAAACAAUCAAGAACCUGAAGGUGAUGCAGAGACAAAAUAUCUCCCCUGAGCGGUGCAUCAACCUGUUCCACUGUCUAGUGGAAAUGCAUGACUCUUCUGUUCAUGAUGAAAUCCAGGCUUUCCUGAAGGCAGAGAAAGGUGCCGUGAAACAGCUCACACUGGCUCACUGCUCAGCUUUGGCUCAUGUGCUUCUGAUGUCUGAUGAGGUGCUGGACGAGUUUGACCUGAAGAAAUACAAAACCUCAGAUGAGGGACGGAGGAGACUGGUGCCAGCUGUGAGAUGCUGCAGAAAGGCACUACUUGCUGACUGUAAGCUAUCAAAGAAGUCCUGUGAUAUUGUGGCCUCAGCUCUGCAGUCUGCAAACUCCCCCUUAAGAGAGCUGGACCUGAGUCAGAAUGACCUGCAGGCGUCAGGAGAAAAACUGCUCUCUGCUCUACAGAGUCCAAACUGCAAACUGGAGACACUGAGGCUUGUUGGCUGUGGACUCACUGAGAAGUCUGGUGAUAUUUUGGGCUUUGCUCUGCAGUCAGUAAACUCCCACCUGAGAGAGCUGGACCUGAGUAAGAAUACUCUCGGGGAUUGUGGUGGAAAGCUGGGCUCUGAAGCAAUUAAUCCAUUCUGUAAGAUGGAGACACUCAGACUUGCUGACUGUAAACUAACUGAAAAGUCCUGUGAGAUUGUGAUCUCAGCUCUGCAGUCUGCAAACUCCCCCUUAAGAGAGCUGGACCUGAGUCAGAAUGACCUGCAGGUGUCAGGAGAAAAACUGACCACUGCCCUUCAGAGUCCAAACUGCAAACUGGAGACACUGAGACUUGUUGGCUGUGGACUCACUGAGAAGUCUGGUAAUAUUUUGGGCUUUGUUCUACAGUCAGUAAACUCCCACCUGAGAGAGCUGGACCUGAGUAAGAAUACUCUGGGGGAUUGUGGAGGAAAGCUGGGAUCUGAAGCACUGAAUCCACACUGUAAGAUAGAGACUCUCAGACUUGCUGGUUGUAAACUGACAGAAGAAUCUUGUGAGGUUGUAACCUCUGCUGUGCAGCACAUGGUCUCCCUGACAGAACUGGACCUGAGUGACAAUCACAUGAACAUCACUGCAAGUCAUCUUCUGAGUGCUAGGAUAAGUCACUCCAACUGUAAACUGCUGAUAUUAAGACUUGCUGGUUGUAAACUGACAGAGGAAUCCUGUGAGGCUUUAGCCUCUGCUGUGCAGCACAUGGUCUCCCUGACAGAACUGGACCUGAGUGACAAUUACUUAAACAUCACUGGAAUUCAGCUUCUGAAUGCACUGAAAAGUCACAUCAACUGUAAACUGCAGAUACUAAGGUAUCACCAUGGAGAAAAUGGCAGAAUCCAACCAGAACUGAGAAAGUAUGCCUGUGAGCUCACACUGGACCCAAACACAGCACACAGAAAUCUCUCUCUCUCUGAGGGGAACAGAAAGGUGACACGUGGGAAUCAGCAGCAGCCGUAUCCUGACCACCCAGAGAGAUUUGACUCCUGGAUUCAGGUGCUGUGCAGAGAGGGUCUGACUGGACGCUGCUACUGGGAGGCUGAGUGGAGUGGUGGUGGGGUUUUUAUAGCAGUGGCCUAUAAGAGCACCCCGAGGAUAGAGGGGAGUGGGCAGAGCAGCGCGUUUGGAUAUAAUGCCAAGUCCUGGAGUCUGCACUGCUCUGAUGACAGUUACUCUGCCCUGCACAAUAGUAAGGAGACUGCCAUACCUGCCCCCUCCUCCCGCUCCAGCAGAGUAGGAGUGUACCUGGACUGGCCAGCAGGCACUCUGUCCUUCUACAGCGUCUCCUCUAACACACUCACCCACCUGCACACGUUCCACUCCACAUUCACUGAGCCCCUCUAUCCUGGGUUUAGGCUUACAUAUUCUAACUCCUCAGUGUCCCUGUGUCAGAUCACAUGACCUCCUAAUCUUGCAGCAGAGGAGAGCCACACACACCUGUUUACACACUCCUGUGUGUGUGUGUUGUGUGUGUGUGUGUGUGUGUGUGUGUGUGUGUCCUUUUCAUCCUCUGUGUUCCAUCUUCCCUCUGACUGUGUUUUCUACUCACCUCAGUUUCUCUUACUCGCUUUGUGUGUGUGAGGGGGGUUGUGUCUGUGUGGUGUUUGUUGCUCCCUCCUGUGUGUGUGUGUGUGUGUGUGUGUGUGUGUGUGUGUGUGUGUGUGUGUGUGUGAGGGGGGUUGUGUCUGUGUGGUGUUUGUUGCUCCUGCUUCCCUCCUGUGUGUGUGUGUGUGUGUGUGUGUGUG